GAUAUGCUUGGGUUGAACCGGGUCUUGAAAUUGCUUGGGUUUCAAGAAUCAAGAACCAGCAAUUGUGUCGAGGUUGACGCUAGUCCUUCCGCGGUACGUUCAUCCACAAAACAACAAUCCGAUGAUGCUACUUCGUUUUUCAUCACCAAAUUGGUCUGCCCUAACUCCGCUGCAUAAUUUAACCUCUUACCCAAAUGCGUUUACUAUUCCAACUCCUUGCCGGGUGUAUUCUUCUCAAUUCUAUGAUAGAAAAAGCCAUCGUCGCCCAAUAAUUAGAGCUGUUAGGGAGUGGCAAGAGUACGAGGAAGCAGUAAAGGACAAAGACCUGUCUCGAGCUCUCCGAUUCUUGAGAGACAUUCCAAUUGAAGAACCCAAAGACUCGUCAACACGUGCCGGUGGUGGGGAAUUGGAUUGGUUUCGGCUGGAAAGAGACUGGCAGGUUUUGGAUACAUGUUUGAAUGCUGAUGAUAUGAGGCUUGUUGGAAGUGCUUAUGCUUUUCUCAAGGACAAGGGUCUCUUGCCUAAUUUCGGAAAUUACCGCAAUAUUGUUUUGGAAGGACCAAGGGAUGUCACACCAACCGUCUUAAAGUCUUCAACUGGUUUAGAUGUGACCAAACUUUCGCCAAAGAAGUGGGGUCUUUCUGGAACGUCUAGCUUUCUUUUGGCUGCAUCUCUUGCUGGAGUUUCGCUUCUGCUGAAUCAAGGAAUAGAUAUUAGGCCGAACAUUGCGGCAGUCUUGGGGCUUGCCAUGCUAGAUGCUAUAGUUCUUGGUGGUUCCUGCUUAGCACAAAUCUCCAGCUUCUGGCCUCCCUAUAAGCGUCGAAUUUGUGUCCACGAAGCAGGCCAUCUCCUUGUUGCAUACCUGAUGGGUUGUCCAAUUCGUGGUGUAAUUUUAGACCCCAUUGUUGCAAUGCAGAUGGGCAUUCAAGGACAGGCAGGAACUCAGUUUUGGGAUGAGAAACUGCAAAAUGAGCUUGCUGAAGGCCGGUUAAGUAGUACCGCAUUUGACAGGUACUGCAUGGUUCUAUUUGCUGGGAUUGCCGCUGAAGCUCUUAUUUAUGGAGAGGCUGAAGGUGGAGAAAAUGAUGAAAAUCUCUUCCGAAGCAUCUGUAUUCUUCUAGAACCCCCACUCUCUGUGGCACAGAUGUCAAAUCAAGCAAGGUGGUCGGUUCUGCAAUCUUAUAAUCUGCUGAAAUGGCACACACAUGCACAUCGAGCUGCGGUAAAAGCUAUUGAAAGUGGAUGCAGUCUGAGUGUGGUCAUUAAAAAAAUUGAGGAAGCCAUGUCUAUGAAAAAAUGAAGCUGGAAGAGAAGAAUGAUAGAUAGAUAUUUGUAGAAGAGGGUUUGUUGAGGUGUUUUAACUUGUCCAGGCAUAUUUACUGCUAUGAAAAGCCUCAACUGGAGCUAGUAGAAAAGGAUCGAACAUUCUUUGGGCCCGUGGAGAUGUCUGAGCUUUGACAUUGAUAGUUGCUCAAAAGGAACAUGCUAUUUUCCUAUGAAAAUGAAAAUUUGGGUGAGCAGCUUUUCGCUGUGAGCUGAGUAGAAUCUUAAAGUUUAGGAACUGAGAGAAUCCUGCAUCUAGUAUCCUCUGAUAUAGCUGUUCCAUGGAAAUAUUUGGCUUAACUUUUAUAAGGGGCGAGAAUGCUGUGGAACAACAGGGGAAAGACAGAAAGAAAAGUCUCAUUGUAAUUUCUUUUUGUACAGUGUAAAAGUGUAAACUACUGAGCUCAUUCAAUACUUUAAGCAGAAGAAGUCAAGCAAUGACCUCUUUGGACUUAUAUUUGCUGAGAAAGCAAAUGGAUGUUUAGGCUGAGUUAGGGGAGGGAAAAUAAUUAUCUUUUCAUGCCAAUGUACUGUUAGAACGUCCGUGCACAGGUUUCAAUUCAACAGCCAACACGAAUGCUGCUAGUGGAUGCUGCUGGGCUAGCGCUGUGUCCACUAGUAGCACGAAUGCUGCUGGGCUUGCGCUGUGUCCGCUGUUCA